AUUCUAACUAGGGGGAAACAUACAAAUUUAACGCAAUCUACUAUUUUAAUAUCUAGAAUUUAUAGAAAAAUAUCCCGAUUUUGCAAAGGGCUUCAGAAAGCGGGAUAAACCAAAUGUUAAAGCUCUUUGGCAGAUGAUAGCAGAAUUUCUUAACAGAGUGGGUCCACCUCAAAAGGAUGCGAAUGGGUAAAAAAAGACGUGGGCAGAUUGGAAGGGCGAGGUAAAAAAAAAGCUCGCGCAAAAUAACGCUGAAUGUCGAUCAACUGGUGGUCCAAUGGUCCAUUUUCAAAACAUCAACUAACUCAAACAGAAGAGUCUAUAGUGAUUAUCUGUGCAAUAGCAAAGUCUGUAGAAGGUGUGGCUGGCAAUUCGCUUGGUCUGCCAAAUGAAAGUGACGAUGAAAUGUCAUCUACAUCAAGCACAUUACCGAAGCGGCAAAUGUCUCCACUAAACACCACUCCUAAAAGACAAAGAAAGGAAAGUACUGGGGAAAGUUUGAAGAAAUUUCUAGACGAGGAUAAUGAAAUAAAGUUGGAAAUAAACGAGAAAUUGGAUGAUCUCAUUCAAAUUAGAAAAGGAGACUGCCAGCAACCUCUGUAUAGAGCCAUUGAGACAACUAAUAAAUCUGUCGCAAAUGCAGUAACACAGCUGAAAGAUGAAUUUGUACGUAUAAAUAAAGGAAAGGAAAAAGCAGCAACUGGAGCUGGAGCCAGCAAAAUUUGA